AUGCUCGCCAAGUUCCGGCCCCUCAUGGCGGCGGCACCGACGACGAAGGCCGCCCCCGCCGUGGCGUUCUCCACGGCGGCGGAGCGGGACGGCUACGCGCAGUACAACCACACCGACGCGUGCCAGCACCUCCGGUGGACAGCCAGGGAGAGCUACGAGUACAUGUACGCGCGGCCGUGGAGCAGGGUGGUCGACUUCUACGCCGAGCUCGUGCGCACCGGCGCCGGGGCGCAGGGGCUGGCCGAGCUGUUUAGGAAAGACGAGAUUUUCUUUCUGCAGAAAGAUCAUACUCGUGAUACAAAUGGAGAGGAGCCUUUAACAUCAACUGGAAAACAAAUGUCUGUUAAAUCCUCCAAAGCCCGAGGAGGCAGGUGGGAAAGAGCAAACUUUAAGGUUGUUCUUUCAUAUCAUGGGGGGUCGUUUGAUGGUUGGCAGAAGCAGCCUGGCCUCAACACUGUUCAAGGGUUAGUGGAAAAACAUCUUGGACAAUUUGUCGAUGAGAGAAAAGCUAAACAACUUCGAGAAAGAUCUUUGCCGGUAGAAGGCCGUGCCACUGUUGCUGGGCGCACUGACAAAGGGGUGACUGCUCUUCAGCAAGUCUGCUCAUUUUAUACGUGGAGAAAGGAUGUACAGCCUGGUGACAUAAAAGACACAAUAAAUGAGGCUGCACCAGAUAAAAUCAAAUCUUUGGCUGUGUCAGAGGUCUCACGUGAAUUUCAUCCUAAUUUUUCAGCCAAAUGGAGGAGAUACCUGUAUAUAUUUCCUCUUGAUGGGGAUGCUAAAUCAAUAUCAGAGGAUGAACAAUCCUCUACGAGACUAGAGAAUCCUGAAUUCAAAGCACCUCAGAGCUUUGAUGUGGCCAAGGUUGACAAAAUCAUUAGGCAACUGGAAGGAAAAAUGCUAUCUUAUAAAAUAUUUGCACGUGAUACACAAGCUUCACGCAGCGACGGCCCAGCUACGGAGUGUUUUAUGUACCAUUCUCGGGCUGCAGUGACCAAACUCUAUUCUGCUGAUGAGAAUUGCAAAGAAGGCACAACGGUCAUGUGCGUUGAGCUAGUUGCGAACAGAUUCCUACGCAAGAUGGUUAGGGUUCUUGUUGCGACCAGCAUCAGAGAGGCUGCUGCUGGAGCCGACGAAGACGCCUUGCUGAACCUGAUGGACGCCACUUGCAGGCGCGCAACGGCUCCCCCGGCGCCCGCAGAGGGCCUCUGCCUUGUAGACGUUGGCUAUGAAGAUUUCGACGAACAGAGGUGCUUCAUUGUUGACUAA